GCUCGUCGGAAAGCGGCUGCAGCUGGGGCGACAGAGACCGCGGAGGAUCUCAUGGUGCCGGCGGAGCCGCAAGGUUCGACCGCGCCGCCGGCGAGGAGGAAUGCAGUGCCGCUGGAAGAGGUGUUCGCCCCUCGUGGGCCUUCCCCUCCCGUGCGGCCCGUCAUCCGAGGGCUUAUCUCGGACGUCAUCGAUGAAAUGAGGGCUCCUCCCUCCUACCAGGAUCCAGCCGAGGUGUCGGGCGGGGUGGAGCUGUCACCUCUUCUGGCAUCGCUGCCACCACGACGACAGUCGGCAGCUCAGGGGCAGGGGCUGUUUCGACCGAGCGGGCCAGCUCCACUCGACGAGGAUGCCUUGGGUCGGAGGAUUGGCCGAAAGCCGCCGCCGUACGAGGUGGCGCCUCCACCACCGUACGACGGAGUAAAUCCGAUCGAGGAGGGCUUGCGGGAGAUCGGCCAACGAAAAGCCGAGCUCCAGGCGCGGGAGAAGGCUCUGGAGGAUUCGCGCCUGGAGCUCAAGACGCAG